UUGUAGAAUGUAUGCCAAGACACAUUGUAAGAGCUAUAAAGAGAGAGGGAGAGAGAACAGGCAGAACCUGAUAUGUAAAUGAGCAGAGCAAAUGAAACUAACUUUUGACGACCUGAUGAUCAUCCAGACUCUGUUUCUAUUGAGAGAUAAAAGGCUGGUUGAAUGAGUUGUCUAUGAAAGCUACUUCAUCUGUAAGAAAACAGGCAUCUGCACCAGUGACUGGGCCAGUGCUCAAAAAUGAGUGUCUCUGGGGAGAGAGAGGAGGGGGACCCUGCCUCUAAAAUGAGUCUCUCUGGGGAGAGAGGGGAGGGGGGCCCUGCCUCUAAAAUGAGUCUCUCUGGGGAACAUGACACCAAAGCUAAGAGGUACUGCAGGGGUUCUCAAUCCGGGGUCUGUGGAGGUACUGCAGGGGUUCUCAAUCCGGGGUCUGUGGAGGUACUGCAGGGGUUCCGCGGCACCCUGACUGUACUCGAUGCAAUCCCAAUCAAGCAGGAGAGACCAGCCUCCCCUGUUCCCAGCUGUGUGUCCAUGAAGAGUGACUGGUCAUGGAACAACCUAUACUGUUUAGAGAGGGAGACUUUUCUACUGAACAAAGAAACCAACAGGAGAGAUCAGAGUCAGAUAUUCUCAGCGAUCAGUCUUCCCAGAGUCAUCAAACAGACCUGGCCUCCAUAUUGAGUUUGCUUGAAGAGAAUAUUAUGACAUUUGUGAAGAACGAGCUGAAGAUGUUCAAGAGGAUUCUUAGUCCAGAACUCCCAGAAGGCUUUGAGAGUCAGAAGCAGGAUAAGGAAGUGGUGGAUGCUGAAGAUGAGAAGCAGGAGAGCAGUGCCAGAGAGGGGGCUCUGAAGAUCACACUUCACAUCCUGAGGAAAAUGAACCAGAAGGAGCUUGCUGACAUACUGGAGAAAUAUUCAGAUGAUCCUGCUGUGAUUUGCCAACGUGAACUCAAAUCUAAUCUAAAGAAGAAGUUUCAAUGUGUAUUUGAGGGGAUCGCUAAACAAGGAAACCCAACACUUCUCAAUAAGAUCUACACAGAGCCCUACAUCACAGAGGGUGGAACAGGAGAGGUCAAUAAUGAACAUGAGCUGAGACAGAUUGAGACAACAACCAGGAAACAAGCAAGACCAGAGACUGCAAUCAAAUGUAACGACAUCUUCAAACCCUUAACUGGACAAGACAAACGUAUCAGAACUGUGCUGACAAAGGGAGUCGCUGGCAUUGGAAAAACAGUCUCUGUGCAGAAGUUCAUUCUGGACUGGGCUGAAGGAAAAGCAAAUCAGGAUGUCCAAUUUGUAUUUUCAUUCCCUUUUCGGGAGCUGAAUUUGAUGAAAGAUGACAAACACACGUUCAUUGAACUUCUCAAACACUUCUCAAUGGAAACCAAAGAAUCAAGAAUCUCCAACUACAACAAGUACAAAGUUCUGUUCAUCUUUGAUGGUCUGGAUGAGUGCCGACUGCCCCUAGACUUCCAGAAGAACAAGAUCUGUUGUGAUGUCACAGAGUCAACCUCAGUGGAUGUUCUGCUGACAAAUCUCAUCAAGGGAAAUCUGCUUCCCUCUGCUCUCCUCUGGAUAACUACCCAACCUUCAGCAGCCCAUAAGAUCCCUUCAGGGUGUGUUGACCAGGUGACAGAGGUACGAGGGUUCAAUGACCCACAGAAGGAGGAGUACUUCAGGAAGAGAUUCAUUGAUGAGGACCUGGCCAGCAGAAUCAUCUCACACAUAAAGACAUCAAGGAGCCUCCACAUCAUGUGCCACAUUCCAGUCUUCUGUUGGAUUUCUGCAACAGUCCUUGAGCACAUGCUGAAACAUAAGAGAGAAGAGAUGCCCAAGACUCUGACUGAGAUGUACACACACCUUGUGGUGUUUCAUACCAAACAGAAGAAUGAAAAGUAUCUUGGGGAAGAAGAGACAGAUCCACACUGGAAUAAAGAGAGCAUUCUGUCACUGGGAAAACUGGCUUUUCAGCAGCUUGUGAAAUGCAAUUUGAUUUUCUAUGAAGAAGACCUGAAAGAGGCUGGCAUUGAUGUCAAUGAAUCCUCAGUGUACUCAGGAUUGUGCACACAGCUCUUUAAAGAGGAAUGUGGGCUGUACCAGGACAAGGUGUACUGCUUUGUUCAUCUGAGCAUUCAGGAGUUUCUGGCUGCUGUAUAUGUGUUCCUCUCAUUCAUCAACAACAAUGAGAAUCUAAUGGACAAACUGCAAACAAAAGAUGAGUCUUCAAUUAAUUUCUACAAGAGUGCUGUGAAUAAAGCCUUCCAAAGUGAGACGGGAAACCUGGACCUUUUCCUCCGCUUCCUACUGGGCCUCUCACUGGAGUCCAAUCAGAAGCACUUACGAGGUCUAUUGACAAAGACAAGAAGCAGCUCAAAGACCCAUGAAGAAACAGUCAAGUACAUCAAGGAGAAGAUCAGGGAGAAUCCCUCUCCAGAGAGGAGCAUCAAUCUGUUCCACUGUCUGAAUGAACUGAAUGACCAUUCUCUAGUGGAGGAGAUCCAAAGAUACCUGAGAUCAGGAAGUCUCUCAAAACCCAACCUGUCACCUGCACAGUGGUCAGCUCUGGUCUUUGUGUUGCUGACUUCAGAAAAGGAGCUGGAUGUGUUUGACCUGAAGAAAUACUCCAGAUCAGAGGAAGGUCUUCUGAGGCUGCUGCCAGUGGUCAAAGCCUCCAGAGCUGUUCUGCUGUCAGGCUGUGGAGUCACAGAGGAAGGCUGUGCUUCUCUGGUCUCAGCUCUGGAGUCAAACCCCUCACACCUGAGAGAGCUGGACCUGAGUAACAAUGACCUGAAGGAUUCAGGAGUGAAACUGCUCUAUGCUGGACUGGAGAAUCCCCACUGUAAACUGGAGACUCUGAGGCUGUCAGGCUGUGGAUUCACAGAGGAAGGCUGUGCUUCUCUGGUAUCAGCUCUGGAGUCAAACCCCUCACACUUGAGAGAGCUGGUCCUGAGUAACAAUGACCUGAAGGAUUCAGGACUGAAGCUGCUCUCUGCUGGACUGGGGAAUCCCCACUGUAAACUGGAGACUCUGAGGCUGUCAGGCUGUGGAGUCACAGAGGAAGGCUGUGCUUCUCUGGUAUCAGCUCUGGAGUCAAACCCCUCACACUUGAGAGAGCUGGUCCUGAGUAACAAUGACCUGAAGGAUUCAGGACUUAAGCUGCUCUCUGCUGGACUGGGGAAUCCCCACUGUAAACUGGAGACUCUGAGGUCAGUAUUCCUGUAGUUGGUCAACAAGUGA